UCCCGAUCACGCACGUCGCUCAGCAGCAGCACAGCCCUUUGUACUUUCGGGAAAUAAAGCUCGACAGAUGCCAGAGGUUGAUCGAUUUGGCAGUGGCUUUCGGCGGCAGGGAGAGCGCUGCCACUAACCCGUGCUAGUGGUCCCUGUCAGCGUCCCUUUGUUCUCUGUCCUCUCUGUAGAAGAGACAGAUGAUGGCCAGCAGCUUGGUUCUCUGCUAAGACCUGCAUUUCGUAUGCCCAACCAUCGGACACGUAUGGCUUGACCCAUACAUCAGACACAGGCGGCGAGCCCAGUGGGGGAUGCGCAGGUAUCUGCAGCAAGACUUCUCGCCGGGUCAUCAACGGAUCUCAGAUCCUCUUCUUGCCGCCUUCGGUAUGCGUGCAGGUCCGCCUCUACGGUCCGCGGCUAGAGGAUGGGGUCCGAAUUUGCACAAGCGAGGCCCUUGCAGUUGUGCGGUCUCUCCCGCAACUCUCCGCCUCGCCAGGCACGCGCAACCGCAAUGCAUGCAGGCCCAAGAGGAGAUGGGUGAGAUCCCAGCUCUCUGGACUUUCCGGCCGAGUGGGCUCCAGGCAAGCGAGCAAAGGGGAGCGAGGCUGCAAUCUUGCACACCGAAGUUUGUCGCCUCGCAGCGAGAAAAUAUCUGCCCGGCGGCCCCUUUACUUCGGAACAGCAUGAUCCUGCAUGGUGGCUGUACGCCGCAUCGCCACCCCAGCUCAGACUACUUCCCCUCCUUUCCACCGUCGGACAGGUCGAACCGUUGGCGGACGGUCAGUCUCCCGCGGGAAGGAGCUCCGAGGUGCGGCCUCGGUGAGCUGACUUCCCGUGUGUGGAGCAGUUCCGAGCACAAAGGCGGAGGUAGCCAUGUUACCUCGUCAGCCGGCUUUGCCACUGCACCAUCUCCCCACGGGCCCCUUCUUGCGCUCAACUCUUGGUCCGCCAAAGCAUUAGCACUGGGAGAAGGUGCUGAGCUAUGCAGACAUUCUCCGAAGAUACGAUUGCAUGUCUCGGCGGGCAGUUUACGGGAGGUGUGAAGUUCUACCGCCACGAUGGUCCCGUGUGUCGUGAUUACAGGCGGAUUGCCCGCCAAUUCCCCUUACUGGGCGGCAAGCCCUGGGGUUUGCCGCACCCUUUGUUUCAGUGCUACCAGGCUUCCAUUCGACCUUCUCAGAAACGCUCGAGCCCCCUCAUAAGUGGGGCCUCCAGAGAGGGUACCUUCUGUUUG